AUGAAAAUGGCGGCUAUGGGGUGCGCCAAAUCCGCCAGUGGAUUAGGACAGAGGAAUAAAACGAAGCCUGGCGCAGUUGCACCUCGGAUUCACAUACCUAUGCGCGCUCUUACUUUAGAGGAAGCAAGAUGUCCUGUUUGCUUGGAGAUAUUAUUAGAACCCGUAACUAUGCCAUGUAGACAUUCUGUUUGCCUUCAUUGUUUCAAGCGGACGGUAGAGUUUACCAGUUUGUGCUGCCCCUUAUGCCGGCUGCGAGUAUCCAGCUGGGCCCGUAAACAGUCCCGUGAGAAGAGCCUGGUAAACAUAGAACUAUGGGAGAUGGUUCGACAAAGUUACCCAGAAAGAUGCAAGCGGAGAAUAGCGCAAAGAGAUGGAGAGGCGGUUGGGGAAGACAUUUUCAAUUCACCUCCACAAUUACAUAAAGCUGGAGAAAUGCGGCAUGAAAAUGAGAAGCAAAAGAGUAAGAUGACUGAUGAUGAAACUGAGCAGAGAAAGAAAAAAACGGUGCACCAUAAAAAGGAAGAAUGUGAAUUGCUGCACUUUCAAGACACUACUCUUGGCGUACUGUCAGACUCUGAGAAUGAAGAACCUUGGAGAAUGAGGACCAGGCAUGUAUCAGCAUUUGUGCGUAAAACCAGGUUCUCUCCGGCAUUCAACAGAGGUUUACAAAACAGCAUUGUGCAGAGAAGCCAAAGUUGUACAGACUCUGAGGAAGGUAGAGGAAAAGGUAGAGCUCAGUCACACCUUUCUGCGCCAGAGAAGGCCAUUAUUGCUCAUAGUUAUAAUGCUGGAAUCCUCCUGUCCUCUGAGAACAGUUGCUCCUUCUCAGCACCUGUUCUCCCUUUUGAUAAGAGACACCACUGGCGUUCCAUCUUGGCUUCUCCUGCUACUUCCUUAGUGCCUCAUGUUAAGCCAGAGCGGUCUAUUAGCCCAGAGAGCAAUGACAGCAUCUCAGAAGAGCUGAACCACUUCAAACCCAUUGUCUGCUCACCGUGCACCCCACCAAAGAGGCUGCCAGAUGGCCGGCUAUUGGAGCCCACUAUUGUUAAGUCCACUCCCAGGAACCUAACCCAGAGCCUGCAGAAAACCACCAGCUAUGAAGCCAGCCCCACGAUCCUGCAGAAGUGGAAGCAAAUCGAGAUAGAUCGUCAGUGUAUCAAAGUGACGUCAAAAGGCACCAUCACUAGUCCAGUGGUUGACUAUCUCGCUGUCAAGCAGAGCUUUGGAGAAGAGAAAAAUGGCAAACCAUGUAACUCUGUUCCAGUGGAGAAAGGAUCACAAGGUCAGCACUGCACUUGCAGUGCAAAGACAGAUGUUUAUGGAAAGCAGAGGGAAAAGUCUUUGCUGAGUAAUAAGCGACGGUUGAGUUUUGAUCAUUGCAGGGAGUGCGAUGUACAACCAACAUUAUACAGUUUUAAUACUCAUAAGUCAUGUGGCGUUUGUGAAACACAUUGUGCACACUCAGAACAGCAUAACAACUUUAAAUCACCCAUGAUUGAUAAAUAUGCUGGAGAAAGUCAUCAUAAUCACAGUAUUGAAGAACUUCAAGACUCAAGGGAUGAGCAUACAGUCAGGAGUUAUGUAUUCAACAGACCUACCUCAAGAAGGGGCAAGAAGAGGAACCAGAAAACCAAACAUUUGGAAGAGACUGGGAAGCUAAAAAUAUCCCGGACAGAAAGCUGUGAUGCCUUUGAAACACAAUGUAGAGAGAGUGAUUUAUAUGCUGAAAAGAUGUGUCAAGAGAGGAGGGACAGAGAGCUUGCAAUAAAGCUGCAAAGACAAUUUGAUAAAGAAGGCCAGGUAGAAAGGCAUAAGACUAGCUCUGAUAAAUAUUUUCUACGUUCCUGGGUAUCUGUAGAUAGUACAGCAGUCCUCAAGCCACGCAGGUCAGAAAGAUCUUCUAGAAGGAUUAAACACUUUAAUUAGAAGUCUGAAAUGACGAUUGUUUCGGAGGGGUGGAGGGAGAUGGACAAACGCAAAUCGAGCAUGCAAUUCUCGGUUAUUCUAUGGGGUAGAAAAUAUUGCUGGGACUAUGACAACUAUGCUUGAUGUUUUUGAUCCCCACAAAAUGCAUGGUAAAAUGAGUUUCUCAGAUAAUUGUGCUAAAACAACAGUUUCAUGUGAUAAAUUUAAGGCAUAGAUCCUUGCUGUUAAUGAUUUUCAUUUUGCUUCAUGUUACAUUUGUAUAAAGUCUUGUCACUGGUUAAAUAUCCAUCAAAAAGAAACUCCCCUGGGACUGUUAUGAUUUAUUGGAGUCUAGAAGAAAGUAAAAUAGCCUACCUUUAUGCAAUGUAUUAUUGCUAUAAAGUUAAUGUCUUAUUUUGUAAAAAUUCAAAAAGGCACCAAUAUGUAAAUGCUGAAUAUCAGUUGUAAUUUUAACUGCAAAUGCAUUUUUAUUUCUUUAUGUAUUAACAAACCAUUUAAGUGCUCAAUAUAAUGAUGUCAAUGGAAUGGACUUGAAUGUCUGGCCAAGAGACACGUGCAGUGCUCAUAUCCAAAUAUAUACAUUUGGGCAGCACUAUAAAAGCUUUACCUGCAUUACCCAACUCACCUCAUUAAUUAUCUCAGUAAAAAUGUACUGUUAUGUUGCUUUGAGAGAUUUUUUUUUUUAUUUUCAAUGAAUUGAUAUUGGGAGCUUCCUUCAUGUUGUGCAUUAUGUUUGCACAUAUGUGAAGUACUUCUUUUUAUUACAUUUUAUUCCCUCUAUUUGAAUAUUAUUCAGUACAUAUGAGUGUGCAUACUAUGAAAAGUUUUUAUUGUAUCCAACAAGGCCUACACCUUUAAUGUUUAAAGAGAAGUUAAACACUUGCACUAUAUGUAUGAAUAGUCAUAUACAUCGCUUAUGAUUCAUCAUUACUGUAAAGUUUAAAAAAGUCUAUAAUGAAGUUUCAUAGAUGUGCCAAAAUCUUUCCCAUUUAUUCAGACCACAUAUUUUUUUCUAUAGACCUUGUCUACAUAGAAGGUCCAACUGGACAUUUUCUUCAGUACUGUACAUUGGGUUUUAAAUACUGUUAAGGACUUUUAAGGAGAUGAAACCCUGCUUUUAUUGCAAAGGUGCGUGUUGGAAGUGGAUUAGCCUAAAUUGCCCCGACUUGUCUUCACUUCUUCAUAGUAUUUGGCAUGUAUAGCAUGUAUAUUGGAGUGUUCAGAGCAAGUUGUGUAUGAUCUGAAAAUUUUGUGAAUAAUGGGACCAAAUCCACAAAUUGUUUAUUUUUCUAAAAAAUAUUUUAAUUGUAUAGCCUUUGAGCCACAGUGUUCUCUCAGUUCGUCUGGACACAAUUAUACGACCUACAAGCAAAAAAGAAACGUAGCAUAUCAAAUAUAGUUUAUUACAUAGUUUAUUAUUUUCCAUUUUAUUUUAUUUUUUUUAUAUGUUCAGGAAGACAUUAAGUACUAUUUCAGUAAAUUAAGCAUAUAAAAUUGAUACUUGUCUGGUGUUUAUAAGAUUUAGAUAAUCAAAUUAAUAUGGCUGGUUUAUGACUAACGGUAGUUCAAGGCUAUUAGCAAUCCAGU